GUCGGAGUCAUAGUUAGUGGAAUUAAUUGAACGUAAUAUAAAUUUGUUGCUAAUACAAGCCGAUUUGUAAUCAAGGGAAAACCGCAGUAUGGUCAGUUUUUAAAACCGACAAGCCGCACGCUAAUUUACUUGUUUAGAUUAACUAUAAACUCCUGCACAAAAUGUCUUGGUUUUUUGGGAAAAAGAAGAAAGAUUCACCCCCGGAUACUCCCGAAGAUGAGGACCCGUCUGUGGGUCAGGGUGACGGAUUUAUAUUUGUAGAACGAAAGGAGGAUCAGCCACCAAGGCCAGGAAUGAUAGACGGGUUCAAUGGCCCGCCGGGGCACCUUUAUCCAAAUAUUAACAACAUCCCACAAUACCCACCGUCGAUGCCUGCGGCAGUGCCGCCGAACCAAAGUAUAGAACCGAUCCAAAAUAUACUCAACGGAUUGCCAUUUAAAUUAUGCAAACAAUUGGAGGACAAUCUAAACGAUGAUAUUGAAAUAGACAAAAACAGAGUAAACGAAAUUUUAUCGUAUAUUGUGAGAAUAGAGAAUGGCGAUGACAUCAUAUAUGAUUUUGCCCUUGAGAAAAGCAUCAUUAAUGAAAUGGAGAGUGCUGAAUCGGGGAUGUAAUAAUCCUUGUUUUCUACUACCCUGAUUGGUAUAAUGAUAUAAACUGUUAAUAAGGAAUGCAAAUUUACUGUAACAUACUGACGGUACUUGUGGUAGAUUAUAUUUUUGUGA